AUGGCCUCUGGCACUCAGAUGGAGCUGAUACGAGCCUGGUCUAGGGAUAUCGGCCACGUUGUUGAUGCUGCCAACUCACCAAAAGCCGAAUUUGCGCGUCUGGCCAAAGCAAAGGGGUGGGAGGGCGGCAAUGAGACAUGGCGUUCGCGCUGGAGAGAGUGUUUCAAAGAAGAGUAUCCAUAUGGCCAGUGUCGUCGGUUAGCACGUGGAGAUAAGGCUGCAGCCUUGCAAGACGGCGGAAUUCAUCUCGAAGAUAGGAUGCGCAGACUCUCAAUCGUAUCCGACACCUCAUCAUUUUCGGUCAUUUCCAGGGCAGAUUCCUUUGAUAGCGUAAGGUCGUUCGACAGCCAGGAGUCUUUUGAAGACCUAGGUGCGGUUGUUGAUGUUCCUGUUUCACUCAACCCGGCAUCGGUCUCCGAAACAAACGAAUACAAGGAACCGAUCGAAUCAGAAAGAAAGCCCUCACUGAGCAGUUCCGAAUGCAAAGCAGACAGCAAUCCCGCCUGGGCGGAAUUUACCAACUUCGUGCACUCGCCAACUGCGCAUUUCAAAUCUGAGUUCGAACGUCUCGCUCACAUCAAAAACUGGACCGGAAAUGUGAAGAGGCAACAGUUCGUUUCUUUGCUUAGCUCAGAAGUUGCUUUUUACUGGGGUACUGAUGGAGAUAAGCUUGAGCAGUACCAAGAAAUGUGUCGCGACCUUGGUCUUACUCAGAUUCCGGGCACAGUUACACAGUGCAAGAAGGUUCGUUUCUGA